AUGAAGGAAGCAAGAACUGGAGGAAGGUUUCUGUGGCACCAAGACUUCGGUUAUUGGUACCAAGAUGGUGUUUUGUUUCCAGACCACUUGUCCACUGCCUUCAUUGCCUACGACAAAACAAACAAAGAGAACGGCUGUCUUCAGAUCCUGCAAGGCUCACACAGGGCAGGUCGUAUCGACCACGUGUUGACAGGUGGACAGACGGGGGCGAAUGUAGAAAGAGUGGAACAACUGAUGAAGCAUUGUCCACUAGUGUAUGUGGAAUUGAAUCCUGGUGAUUGUCUUUUCUUCCACUCCAACCUCGUUCACCGCAGUGACAAGAAUGACAGUGACCACAGGCGCUGGGCACUGUUGGUCGCUUACAACACCAAAAAGAACAACCCUGUCACUAAAACCUUCCUCCCUGAAUACUUUCCUCUUGACAUGGUGGCCAACUCUGCUGUAAGGGAGUGUACUAAUUUCACUGACAUGGCUGGCAAAGAGUUUCUGGAUCCCAGGAACGACCACACUGUCAACGUGGAUGCCAAGUAAUUACUUCAACCAGGGUGGUGCACUGCAGAGAGAUCCAUUUUAAAUGUACAAGGGAUGAGAUAUUUACAUAUUUAUAGGCCUUUAUACAUCAGUGAUAAAUUAAGUCAAAGAAAAAAAUCAAGAAUGCAUCAGAUUUCAAGUUCACAGAGAUUCUGUAGUGAACCUUGGACAUUUAAAACAUCUUAUCAGUCAAAUUAUUUAAUAUAGUAUAAUAUUCUGGAGAGAAAAUUCAGAAAUUCAUGGCCCAUUCUUUAGUUUUAAUACUAAUGUCCUUCAUCAUUAUGGAACCGUGACGUCGAUUAAGAGCUGUCGGUAUGGACACCCUACUUGGUCUAACUUUUUUUUUUU